CGGCGGCCACCCCAGGGACAGGGGCUGCCCGCGCCCGCCUCGCCUUUGCCGGGCACCAAGCCCGCAGCACCGCGGCUCCACCCGCUCCCCCGACCCGCGCUCUGGGGCUCGCGGCCACCCCGACGCCCAGGAGCGUUCGGAGCCGCCGGGGCACCUCUCAAGGGCUCCCGCCUCCCUUCUCCUAGGGGCACUACCGCCGGGUUCGGGCCAGGGCCCCUCUGGGCAGGGUCGGUGAGCAGGCGGAGACAGAGGUCCGCCCAGGGGACCAUGGAGGGGGGCGACCCGAGCAGCAGCAGGUGGCCUCCAGCCCUGCUCUCUCCUCCACCAGCCCCCGAUGGCCCUCAAAGGCCCUUCCGAGGGGCCCCGCCCCAUCCCCACUCCACACCCGCUCCGCCCCGGCAGAGACCUACCCCGCGGCUUGGCGCUGGCUGAUCCCCGGGGGGCCGCACGGAUUCCGCAGGCCCUGCUCCUAACCUUAGACAGCCGCUCCUGUUCCCCGAGGGCGCACGGGGUCUGGCCGGGAGCCAGGGUCGGGCGGAUGGGCUGCGGGGUUCCGUGCCGGGUGGCGCGGGAGGCGGCCGGCCGGCUGCUCUGGGCGUGGGUCGGCCUGGAUCCAGCCGGGGCGGAGCCGGGAGCCGGGAGCCGCGUCGUGGAGGCCGGGGCGCUCUCAGCGAUGGGCUGGGGGUCUCGGAGAGCUGGAGGGUCGCGGGCGUGGCUGCUGCUGCUGCUGCUCUUGAGGCUACCUUUACCGUUGUGGGGGGUCGAAGAGUUUCAAGGAAACCACCCUGGAAAACCAGUCACCUUGCACUGGGUCCCAGAUGGAAGAGUCAGGCGCGUGGUCCCCCUGGAGGAGCCGGUCUCGAAGCUAGACUCGGGGCUGGUGUCCUUGAAGGCUGAAGGGCAGGAGCUCCUGCUGGAGCUGGAGAAGAGCCACAGGCUGCUGGCCCCAGGAUACACAGAAACCCACUAUAGCCCAGAUGGGCACCCAGUGGUGCUGGUCCCCAACCACACGGACCACUGCCUCUACCAUGGGCACGUGAGGGGCUUCCCUGACUCCUGGGUGGUCUUCAGCACCUGCUCCGGGAUGAGGGGCCUGAUCACACUGGACAGGAAUGCCAGUUACUAUGUGCAUCCUUGGUCAGCCAGAGACUCUGAGGCCUUCGUCACUCACAAGAUGUUCCAGAUCGGGCAGCUGCUUGGCUGGAAAGGGGCCUGUGGCCACAGGGAUGCCAGGAACAAAGGGGACAUGGCUAGCCUUUCUCGUGCCACUCAGGUCAAGGAGAGGCGGGAGGUCGGCAGGAGCCCAAAGUUCUUGGAGUUGUACAUUGUGGCUGACCACACGCUGUUUUUGACCCAGCACCGGAACCUGAACCACACCAAACAGCGUCUCCUGGAGGUGGCCAACUAUGUGGACCAGAUUCUCAGGACUCUGGACAUUCAGGUGGCCCUGACGGGCCUGGAAGUGUGGACGGAGCAGGAUCAGAGCCGCGUCACGCCAGACGCCAAUGCCACGCUCUGGGCCUUCCUGCACUGGCGCCGAGGGCUGAGGGCACGGCGGCCACACGACUCCGCGCAGCUGCUCACGGGCCGCGCCUUCCAGGGCGCCACCGUGGGCCUGGCGCCCAUCGAGGGCAUGUGUUGCGCGGAGAGCUCCGGAGGCGUGAGCACGGACCACUCGGAGCUUCCCAUUGGCGCAGCAGCCACCAUGGCCCACGAGAUAGGUCACAGCCUUGGCCUCAGCCACGACCCCGACGGCUGCUGUGUGGAGGCGGCGGCCGAGCAAGGCGGCUGUGUCAUGGCCGCGGCCACGGGGCGCCCAUUCCCGCGGGUGUUCAGCGCCUGCAGCCGGCGCCAGCUGCGCGCCUUCUUCCGCAAGGGGGGCGGUGCGUGCCUUUCCAACGCGCCCGACUCGGGGCUCCUCGUGCCCCGGGCGCGCUGCGGGAACGGCCUCGUGGAGGACGGCGAGGAGUGCGACUGCGGCGCCAGCCAGGAGUGCCCGGACGCCUGCUGCUUCGCCCACAACUGUUCGCUGCGCGCGGGGGCCCAGUGCACCCACGGGGACUGCUGCGCUCGCUGCCUGCUGAAGCCGGCCGGCGUGCCGUGCCGCGGAGCUGUGGGUGACUGUGACCUCCCAGAGUUUUGCACGGGCGCCUCCCCUUACUGCCCCCCGGACUUUUACCUCCUGGACGGCUCGCCCUGUGCCGGCGGCCGGGGCUACUGCUGGGAUGGUGCAUGUCCUACACUGGAGCAGCAGUGCCAGCAGCUCUGGGGGCCUGCCUCCAGCCCAGCACCAGAGGCCUGUUUCCAGAUCGUGAACUCCGCGGGAGACGCCCACGGGAACUGCGGGGAGGACAGCAAGGGUGGCUUUGUGCCUUGUGCGCAGAGGGAUGCUCAGUGCGGGAAGCUGCAGUGCCUUGGUGGGGAGCAGCGGCCACGCCCAUCGCACACUGUGCCGGUGGACUCCACCAUUGGACUAGGCAGCGAUGAGGUGACCUGCAGGGGAGUCUUUGUGAUGCCCGGUGUCCAGCUGGAUGUGCUCGACUUGGGCCUGGUAGAGCCAGGCACCCAGUGUGGACCUAGCAUGGUGUGCCAGGACAGGCGCUGCCGAAAUACUACCUUCUGGCAGCUGGAGCAAUGCCUGGCAGCCUGCCAUGGCCGUGGGGUUUGCAACAGUAACCAAAACUGCCACUGUGCUCCGGGGUGGGCUCCGCCCUUCUGCGACAAGCGAGGGUUUGGUGGCAGUGUGGACAGUGGCCCCAUGCAGCCUGAAGACCACAAGGCCUUCCUGCUGGCAGUGAUGCUUUGCUUUGUGUUGCCGUUGCUCCUGGGGGCUGGCCUGGCCUGGUGCUGCUUCAGGUGCCCAGGAUCCCAUCUCCUGCCAUGCCUCUGGGGCUUGAGGAGGGACGCCCCAAGCCGAGGGCCCAAAGAUGGCCCAAACAGGGACUGCCCCCCCAGCGGUGUUCACUCCAUGGAAUUGGGCCCAGCAGUCAUUGGAGAGCCCCAGCCCUUGGCACCCAGACACCCUGAGGCCCCAGUCCCCACCCUGCCCCAGGGACUCCUGCCAGUGGUCACCAUAUGUGGCCUCCACCCAUUGCUGCAGACCUUGAGAACUCUGCCAGAGCCCAGGAGCCACCUUGAGGAGCCUCUGGCUGGGUGCCCUGCCUGCAACCCCAAGCGGGUCAAGUCCAGAAGCUGAAUCCUGUCGCUGGUGAGAGGGAGCUUCUGAGAUGAGGAUACUUACCAUGGACCGCUGGCAGCCUCUCCAGGGACUAGGCCUCCCAGGCGCAGAGCCACAGUCAGACCGUCUGCACUUUGGCAGCCUACAAAUUGCUUCCCUAAGUUGAGCUUGCCCACCUACUCCAGGACCCCAGAGCUUUAUCAGAAGGUGUGCAGUGCUGUCCCCAUUCCUUAGGACUAGGGAAUCCUGGUAGGGUACGUACUGCAGCCCCAAAAUCUAUCAGUCCAAGGAGAGAAGGUCAUGUAGUCACUGACCUCCCGUCAGCAGGAGGGCAUGACCCAGCCUCUGUCCAGGGAGCUCGGGGGUCUCUGUUCCACGUACUUUACCCAGACCCAGGUCUGCAGAGACUGGUGACUGCUGGGCCAGAAGAUAGCCCUCAGGGCCCUACAGUUCAGACAGAGUCCACUUCCCUGGAGCCUGGCCCCAGCAAACAAACAAAAUGAAACAAAACAAAAAAAUCCUUGGGACCCUCCUCCUUUGCUUUUCCUGCCUUAUCUUGUCUCUCAGGCACUUUCUCAGCCUCACCCCUGUUCUUGGUCCUGCACUUGAGGUUUCAGAGGAGUGUGGGGUCUGCUGUAGACACUACUCACUCUCUCCUCCAGGAGCUGUUUUAAAAAUAGUGGGAGCUGUUUUAAAAAGGACACCCAAGUAGAAGUCAAAAGAGAGACAAGCUGCCUUUGAGCCUCUGUGAGUCUUUCUGUAUAUAUCGAUUCAACUCCAGGGGGCUCCCUAUGAGUCCUAAGGGGUGGUAGCUGGUGGGUGGGGCCUCAGAUGGCAGCCAGGGCCCCAGAUGUACCUGGGCAUAGGAUGCUGUUCCCUAGCAUGAACCAUCCCUUUGCCCCACCUCUUUUGCCUCCCUUGGAGAUUCUGAGAAGCCACUUACUCAUGGAAGAAUUGCUGGGUGAUCUUCUGUAUCAGUCAGCUGUUGCUAUAGAACAAAACCACUCCCAAAACAUAGUAGUAGCUGGAAACAACUAAUUCUGUGAAUUGGCAAAUUAGGUGUAAUUCAGCUGCUGCUCAGCUGGGCCAGUCUACUUCUGGGUUUGGCUGGCUGUUGGCGAGAGUGAUGAGGAUGAGCAGGCUAAGCACCCAUUUUCCAACAGACUAGCUCAGGCUUGCUCACAUGACAGCUGCGGAGGGUUCGAGAGAGCAGGAGCAGGAGUAGGGCAAGGCAGGUGAUGCACUUACCUUGAGCACCAAAAAAA